UAUUUCCAAAACUAUUUUUAAUUCUGUAACAUUUAAGUGUUUUGGAGUUGAAAACGCAGCUUGUAAAACAGAAAUAUUUGAUAGCUGUUCAUUAUCAAAGUCUGCAAUUUUACAUCAAAUAGCGUAAAAUAAUAGCAUGUAGCUGAUGUAAUUUUUAUUUUGCAGUUCGAUUGUGGCGUUAUAUUAAUAACUUAAAGCACAUGUAACACCAUUUGUUUGCACGCUCUCUCUUCCGUAUAAAAAAAGCCAGGUGACAAAAGCCAACCGUACUCAUAACCCAUCCGGUCGUUUGUGUGCAGCGUUUCUUCAAAAUCCCAAUUUCCGGCGGCACGAGAAGGCAGCGGGACAGCGAGCAGGUAGAGACCGUCAAUGAGAUCCCAGGGGAGCGAGAGACAGUCUGGGAGGUAGACUUUUGGGACGGUGUCAGAACUGUACACGGUGUCUCGCCACUUUAUCAACUUUAAAUGGAGAUCAGAUGGAGUUUGGACCACUUUUACCCCGUACUUUGUGAUGCGUUUCUACUCUAAUCGUUGAUGAUUUUGAUAAACGAUUCAUUUUCCUUCUGUGUUCUCAGGAGGAUCGUAUCUAAUUUCACAGAGCAGCGGAGUCACUGAACUCAGGGGAAUGCAUGAUUUUUUUUUUUCUUACAGCUAGUAGGUUUAAAUGAAGACCGACUGUAGAAAAUCAGUUGAUGGGUCUGUUACAGGAGUCGCUUUGGUUCGGACGCAGUGUGAGUUAUAUGUGAAGUGAGGCAACGGUCCGUUUGCUUUAGUUAAUAAUUACAUAAAGCGGUGAAGCCUACUGAUUAUAACCACGUCUCAGAGGAUUAUUUUUCGCAACUCCUCGGUUGUAAAAAAAAAAAAACUAUAUAUGACCCAACUUGUUGGCACUGCAUUAUCUGUCAGCAUGCCUUAUAACUUUCCGGCGGCAACCUGUAAACCAGCCUUUGAAGUUCAAGUUGUCGCUCUCCUGCGUUUUUUGUGGAUUUAUCCAGAAAAUGUGGCGCCCACAGGAUUUGCUGUCUGUUGACGCUGUUUGUCAACUCGCAAAAUGUGAAUGUAAGCUACAGUGACUGAUGUACACUGUAAUAUCGAUAGUAGUUCGGACACGGAUGAAGAUCGAUUCACUGUUGCCGGGACCUGCCCUCCCGUGAGAGGACACAGCAGUUCAACUAAAACGCAGACUCGUCACAAAUGAGGACAUUUGUUGUUUAUCUCGUGAAGACCGCGCUGUUGGAAACCAAUGCACACUUCAAGCUCUAACACAACACAGCGUGUCUUCAUGGUGCAUUUGAGCGUACAGUGUUUCGCCACCCACAUUAAAGACACUGGAUAAAAGUUCAUUCAAGCUUUUUUUUUUAUCUCGGAAGAUGCAGUUUUCUGUAAAGAGACGCUUUGCUCCACGCGGGCACUAAGUGAUGUGCGUUUCUGUACCGAGUUUGAAUAUUAACUCUGGUUUUGAAUUAAAGUUUUAGGACAUUCACGCAUGAGUUAUGAUGGCAGUCCCCCAGCUUUAAAAGUUUGUAUCUGUUUCGCAGUAGUCGUCGAGCCUGGGACGUAUAAAUAGAUAUAAAUAUAGCCUAUACAUUGUUUCUCCGUUUUGUCUAUCGGCGGUGCUUCCCUGCUUUGAAGUCCACCAUGUGCGGCUGGGCACCGCCGCUACAGCCGAGGCCAUGACCGUCCCCCAGCGGCGCCUGGCCGGGCUCUGGCCGUGGCUGCUCAUGGCGGCCCUGCAGGUGGUGCUGGGCCAACCGGGCCUGGAGUCCGAGCGGCCGGCCCUCCGAGCGGUCAUCAAGGUGGCAUUGCUGAAUCACGAGCCGACGGGGAAGCCCAUCACUCUGGAGGGGGUGUUCGUGGGAGGAAGUGCCGGCUACGCGGAGGGAAAACUAAUGCAGUAUCACCCCCUGUCUCUGUGCAACACAAGCGAGGAUGAGCGACAAGAGAGUGAUUUUAUCACCAUUGUCAAACUGGAGCACAGGGUACCCCGCUGUCUGCCGCUUCUCGAUAAGGCUCGCAUGGCACUGGAUAAAGGAGCUCAGGCUGUUAUCUUUGAUGUCAGUGAUGAUGCCAAUGCUGCUGCUGAGCUGCGAGAAACAGACUCCCUUCCCCGUCCAGUCGUCCUAGUGGAGGCAGAGGAUGCUGAGGAGUUGAUGGGUUUGGUCAACAAGAACGAGGAGGCCAAAGUUCGGAUUGAGAUCAUGGAGCAGCCCAGAUGGCCACAUUAUGAUGUGGGCAUCCUGCUCACCAUCGUCCUCGCUAUUCUGACCAUUGUCCUAAUCUUCGCCUUCCGCUACAAGUGCAAGUCCAACAGAACCUGGGAUUCUGUCCAUCAGCAGACCAUGCGGGCCAUCAGUCGAUUGGAGACCAAAACCUACAACUCCCAGGGCUGCUCAGGCUCUCAGCGCCAGCGCGCGGCCUGGGGGUCAGCCAGCAGCUCAAACUCGAGCCCUGUCUGUGCUAUCUGCCUGGAGGAGUUCCAGGACGGGCAGCAUUUGAGGAUCAUCUCCUGUGCUCAUGAGUUCCACAAAGACUGCGUCGACCCCUGGCUGCUACAGCACCGCACCUGUCCCCUCUGCAUGCACAACAUCAUGGGGAUGGAGCGACAGCCCCAGAGGAACAGACUCCAGCAGAGUCCAGAGCAAAGCCAGGGUUUCCUGCACGCUCAGCCUUACAGCAGCCCUCGCAACCACCCUUUCCCCCAGCAUGCCAUCCCCUUCUCUAUGAGGCCCCACUAUCCUCGUGGACCCUCUGGACCCUAUCCCUCUCUGGGCCACUACACUGGCUCUUCUCCCAGAGACACCCAAACUCUGCGUUUCCUCACCAGCAGGCCACUUGGCUCCGGCUGUGGGUACCACCUUCCUGCAGAGGUUCCCGGAAGGCCCCACAGAAUUGGAGGUAACUGUAGGACUUCCACCAACCAUUACACGCCCCGUCGGUCCUGUCACAACUAUCGCUCAUCCUGUCCAGCCCAGCGCAGUGUGUCUAGCUCAAGACUGCACCACACUGCCAAUGUCACACCACAGCCCCGCGGAGCGCCAGCCCACAGCCGGCAAGACGAUGGCAGCUGCUCCGGUGGCAGCUACCACACAGAACGCAGCGGAUACUUGGCUGACGGGCCAGCGAGUGACUCCAGCUCAGGGCCAUGCCAUGGCUCCUCCAGCGACUCAGUUCUCAACUGUACUGACGUGUCCCUGCAGGGGGUUUAUGGCAGCUGGUCCACCUUCCGUAGCUCUCUCAGCAGUGACUACGAUCCGUUUGUGUAUUAUGGGCCAGGUUCUGGGCACGCCCCCCGCAGGAACAGCCUGGAGGCUUGUGCCCAGUCCCGGCCCAGAUCUCUGGAUUCUGUUGUGAACAAAGCGGGCUGCCCUGAAGAACAGCCGCAGACUGUGUUCAGCCACAUCCACUUCCACCGUCACAGACACCACCACUAUGAGGAGGGGGAGCAUAGCCAGGGCCUGAGCAGAGGCUCAGACGAGGAGCAGGGGGCAGCUGCUGCAGCUGCACCCGCUCCUCUUGUGCUGGACAAAGACUCACCUGUGUGCCCUCCUAAGCACAGUUCCUGCCAGUGCCCAAAGCCAGAUCCCACAGAUCGGCCCUGUCCUGGGAAAGAGUGUCUGGACCAUGACCCCAGUAGCCCUAUAGGACCACCUGUCCUGGUGUCCCCAAUCCCCUUACAACUUCAACCCCACUGCUGCCACCAGGGACAUGGACACCCUCCCGCUCCUCUUGGGCGAGUGGGUGGCUGUGUGCAUGAUGGCCCUUCUGUUCGCUUCCACCAGAGCUUAGAUCUGCAGGACGACAGAAGCAUCCACAUCCACUACGGUCAGGGCCCGGGCUUCUGCUGCUCUCCUCCUGAGUUGCACCCUGCCUUGCUUCCUGUGCCCCUAAUUCUGGACUCUGGAGGUAUGGAGGACUGGCCUUACUGUGCCGGAGCCCAUGUUGUGUGGCAAAAGCGGGUGCAGCAGGCCCACUCAGAGCCUCAGCUCUUGGGGCCUGGGACCUCUAUGGACAGGCCACCCUGCAGGUUCCACCACGGCCCUGCUGCUGACCGCAACACAGACAUUUGUUUGUACUGCCAAACAUUACACCACAAUCAGGGAUCAGAAGAGGAGUCUGGUGUGUGAGAACUUGUUGCAUCCCAAUUAUCACGCUGCUACACAGAAGCCAGAAUGGACAAGCCUCUCACUGGCUUUCGCUCUCAUGUCUUCCACAUAAUUCCACCAGCAAUGCCUUCGCUCGGACGAUUCCCCAGCUUCUCCCAAGAUUCAAAGCUCACAUGCUGAAAUGCUCCUUCAGCUGAGUUAGAUUGAGUUAGUUAUGUUAUUAUUAAAACUGAAAUUAUUGUGAAUAAAUUAAUCUAAAACUUUCAUUGAGAAUAAUGCCAAACCCUUCAUAAUAUUGUACAUCAAAAUAUAUUGAAUGAUUGAAAUGUUUGGAGACGGG